AUGAACGCAACCCAAUCUACCGUUGGCUAUCAAGGCCGCUUCAUCGAGGCCCUUGGAGACUUCGAAGAGGAUUAUGAACCGCUUCCUAUCCUAAAGCAGAAAUUACUAGCCAUCAACGAGCAAAUCUUCAAAACUUAUCAGCCUUGGGUAGCCUUUGGAUCCUAUGACACCAAAUUCUGGGCACGUUGUAUUCGAAUAUCAAUUUCUAUCUUCGGAGGAAGCAAAGCUGCGUGGGAGAAGACUGACCAAGUAAAGACCAUUCUUGAGCAAAUUUGUGUUCGAGAGAAAAGCUGCAAGAUCUACAUGAAACGCGCCGAAUCAAAGCCUCAUGCUCGGUGUGGAAGCAUCCAACAACUAUGCAGGAAGUUGUUCUCAACUAAGAAGACUCCCGUUCUAGGCAUGGAAACCGUGAAACUUGAGAACAAAAUGCAUCGUUAUGAAGAAUUGAAGUUUCGAGAAGAGCUGAUUCGUCAAUACCAAGCUGAACAUCCUGUCCAUUUCUCGCUUUGGUGCCCAGUUCUCGGCGAUUGGGAGGAUGCUUAUAAUAUCACCGCCGUUACCCUUUUCCCUAAUAUGCACGGUCAAGCGGCUAUGGAUGCUAUUUUUGGAAAGAAAAGCUCCCCGGAGCUAUUCUCACCCCGAAAUGGGAUUUUAAUGUCCAGAUUCAUCGAAGCGCACUUCAGAUCCGGUAAACUGGCAAUCGUGCCUUGCAAUCUCACACUUCUCGCAGAGAACAACCAUGAGUAUAAAAUCAAAGUCUUGGAUCCUACAUGGGCGCUUCGGGACGAAUUUAUCGCUCCUCAUCUAAAAAUCCCAUUAGGCCAAUUAGAUGAUCGAAAACUAGUCUUCCGCUCUUCUUUUCGCCCUGCAGCAUGCUACUUAUACUUCAGCUACUGUGUACAGGCUAUCAGAUAUGCCUGGCAGCAUAAUCCCGAAAGAUUACCGCGCUGGGUCGCAGGGAUCCUUGAAAAGAAAACUGGCAAGCCACUCUGGGGCAGUUCCGCGCGUUACAUCUCUCGAUCCAUGUUACAAGUCGUUGUGGAGGAGCUUGGACAGGAUUAUCAAUCACUGUUAGAUGGGGCUAAAUCUCGCCAGUUUGAAAGCGCUUGCAACCAAACACUCUUGGAAGCUGUCGUGAAUCAGGUGAAAUCUUGUCGGCAGAAUAAAGAGGCUAUGAAGCUAUUGCCCGCAUCUUACUCUGAGUCUGAAUAUGGUGAUAAGAGUGAUGACACGUCGGAAUUUGGCGAAUGGUACUCGGAGUCUGAUUAUGGGGACAAAAGGGAGGAUAGAAGUGACGAUAGAAGUGACGAAUUGAGUCAGGAUUCAAGUGGGGAGGCACUUAAGAAGUGGAUCUCUGGAAUUACUGUUUAA